AUUUUCAAAUCAAACGUAAAAGAAAGCACACACAAAAUUAAACUAAUUAAGUCACAACUCACAUGUAGAAUUUGACUUGGAAGAUGGCCAAUUAUUCAGUGAAUAAAUCACAUUCUUGGAAACAAUUAUACUAGUUUCGAAAUUUACUAUUAUUCUCGUUAAAUCAUUUAGCUAAUUAACGGAGAUUUUUUUAAGACUAUACAAAGCAUGUUAAAUCCAAUGAAGUUGAGCAUGGUAUAUUAUAUAUAAUAUAUGGAAAUGGAAUACUUAUCUACUUUUUUGAAACACGAAACUCGCAUUAUGUAUAUAGUCAUACAGAUAUAAUAAAAUAAAGGAAAGAAGAGGAAGCAACAAAGAAAAUGAGGUGUUUGAAGGAUACUCAAGUAGAAUAGAGAAUGUUAGGAAUAUGGUUCGAUAAAAUUAUGAAAGGGAGAGAGUAAAUACAUUGUAUCAUUUUAAUUGUUUGGUACGAUUCAAUUUUCUUAUGAUCGAUUGAUACUUUGUAAUAUUCGUGUCUUUGUUACCUUAGGACAUUACAUGCACACAUCACAUAUAUACCUUCAUGUGGUCCUUGUUAUAUUUUCUUAGAGAGAGAGAGAGAGAGAGUGGUGUAAACUUACCGAAGGUGAUUGAUAUGUUAAUAUUUACAUAUCUAGGGUUAGAGUUUUAUUUAAAUUAUAAAAUACGACAAAGGUUUGUUUGUAUAUAACAUUUUCUUUUGCAAGAUUGGCUAUAUGUACAAAUGAAAUACAUAACUACUACAUAUGAGUCAUAUGAGGAAAAGUCUUUGAUUUUAUUUUUGGGAUGUUCAUGCAGACAUGCAGUUCUUUACUAAUUAUCAUAACUAAAUAUUUAUACAAAUGAAACAUUAAAAGGCUUUUUCUUAUUUAUUUUUCUCGAACUAAAGGAGUGUUGAAUAUGUCGGAUCUAGUAGUAGGAUAGUAGUUUAGUAUGCAUUCCCCUUAAUUGUUGGGUCCAUAACACACGCAUGAAUAAAAGACAUAAAGCUAUUGUCAAGCAUCAACUGGAUCAGGCGCGUAUGUAUGGGUUUGUAAUGGUAUAGGCCUAUAAAAAGCCCACUAAAAGUAUCAGUUACGGUCUCGCUUGGUCAGUUGGUCACCAUAACUUCAGCGAAUGUACAAAGAAUAAAUAAUGUAACGGUGACGUCAAGUAUCUAAUUACCAGAUUAUUGUUGAAAGUUGACAAGAAUUUGUAUAUAUUAAACAAUUUAUCUUAGAUUAAUUAACCAAAAAUGUUUUAUUACAUCUUCUUCAUUGCCGCGUAGUUUAGACAUUCACGUAUACAAUGUAUAAUAUCUCGUUACCUAGCUGCUUGUGACGUGUGCGGUAGACCAAACUAAGAAAUAAAAACAUGAUUAACUCAUUGAAAAGUAAAAUGUCAUUAUCUAGGAGGAUAUUUGCAUUAGACGGCUGUCAGAUUAAUGCCUAAUUAUAAUUAGGAAGAUUGGGUUAAGUUAUGUCAUUAUCUAGAUACUUGCAUUAAAAAAAAAGAUUUGCAAACAAGACUUUGACUUUUAAAAUUGCGUUUUGAUUCUCUUUCUAUCUCAAACUUCCUUCCCACACUGCCUCGAAAAUAAAACGUUUUUCUUGUAAGGAGAAAGAGCUCAACGACCAAACCUCCAAGCCAAGGCAUAGACUUUUGUUUUUUUCUUUAAUUAAUUAAACUAUCCUCUGUAAUCUCGUAUCCAAAAUUCUCGAUAAUCAAUCUCUUAUCCUCAUCAAAUUAAAAAAAAAUGCGAUUUUUAUUUUUGGGUGUUUGCGUUUGCACAAAAAAAUUGACUUUGAAUUUUGGGUAGUAAUCAAAGCACAUUCUGGGUUGAUUCGUCAGAGUACAAAGACAUUGAUUUUGUCAAAGCUUACCUUCUUAUCUAUAAAUUAAAAUUACAUUUUUUUUUCCUUUACUCUUUUUUUUCUACCCAAUUGUAGGAUCCUUAGGAGAAGUAGAUUCUUACGUUGCUGCAAUUUCGUAGAUUGUUUAUAGAUUUUAACAAGAUUUCGUCUAAGGUUUCUCAAAGGUGAAAUAAGUUUAGCUGCAUUGAGUUAUAUGAGCAGAUAGUUUAUUAGGAAGGGAACUACUAUGGGUUGGUUAAACAAGAUCUUCAAAGGCUCUAACCAAAGGCACCCCAUGGGGAAUGAACACUAUCAUCAUAAUGGCGGCUAUUACGAUAACUACCCGCACGAACAUUCUGAGCCUACUGAUGCUGAUCAUACGCAGGAACCAUCUACUUCUGAGGAGGAGACAUGGAAUGGGAAGGAAAAUGAAGAAGUAGACCGUGUAAUUGCAUUGUCUAUUUUAGAAGAAGAGAAUCAAAGACCAGAGACUAAUACAGGCGCCUCAGGGAAACACGCAAUGAUGGAUGACGAUGAGCAACUUGCUAGAGCCAUACAAGAGAGUAUGAUAGCUAGGAAUGGAACUACUUAUGACUUUGGGAAUGCAUAUGGGAAUGGACAUAUGCAUGGAGGAGGCAAUGUAUAUGACAAUGGUGAUAUUUAUUAUCCAAGACCUAUUGCUUUCUCAAUGGACUUCAGGAUCUGUGCUGGCUGCAAUAUGGAGAUUGGCCAUGGAAGAUAUCUGAAUUGCCUCAACGCACUAUGGCAUCCACAAUGUUUUCGAUGCUAUGGCUGCAGUCACCCAAUCUCUGAGUACGAGUUCUCAACGUCUGGGAACUACCCUUUUCACAAAGCUUGUUACAGGGAGAGGUUCCAUCCAAAAUGUGAUGUCUGCAGCCUCUUUAUUUCAACAAACCAUGCUGGUCUUAUUGAGUAUAGAGCACAUCCUUUCUGGGUCCAGAAGUAUUGCCCUUCUCACGAACACGAUGCUACUCCUAGAUGUUGCAGUUGUGAAAGAAUGGAGCCACGGAAUACAGGAUAUUUUGAACUCAACGAUGGACGGAAGCUUUGCCUGGAGUGUCUAGACUCAUCGGUGAUGGACACUUUUCAAUGCCAACCUCUGUACUUACAGAUACAAGAGUUCUACGAAGGACUUAACAUGACGGUAGAGCAGGAGGUUCCACUUCUCUUAGUUGAGCGGCAGGCACUUAACGAAGCCAGAGAAGGUGAAAGGAAUGGUCACUAUCACAUGCCAGAGACAAGAGGACUCUGUCUGUCGGAAGAACAAACUGUUAGAACUGUGAGAAAGAGAUCGAAGGGAAACUGGAGUGGGAAUAUGAUCACAGAGCAAUUCAAGCUAACUCGCCGAUGCGAGGUUACCGCCAUUCUCAUCUUAUUUGGUCUCCCUAGGCUACUCACUGGUUCAAUUCUAGCUCAUGAGAUGAUGCACGCGUGGAUGCGGCUCAAAGGGUUCCGGCCACUUAGCCAAGAUGUUGAAGAGGGGAUAUGUCAAGUGAUGGCUCAUAAGUGGUUAGAAGCUGAGUUAGCUGCUGGUUCAAGAAAUAGCAAUGCUGCAUCAUCUUCAUCAUCUUCUUAUGGAGGAGUGAAGAAGGGACCAAGGUCUCAGUACGAGAGGAAGCUUGGUGAGUUUUUCAAGCACCAGAUAGAGGCUGAUGCUUCUCCGGUUUAUGGAGAUGGGUUCAGAGCCGGGAGGCUAGCAGUUAACAAGUAUGGUUUGAGGAGAACACUUGAGCAUAUACAGAUGACUGGGAGAUUCCCGGUUUAAGAACUCCAAAGUCUUUUUCGAUUGGGUUUUGUUUUAUAGGAUCAUUGGUAGAUUGUUAUUACAUAAUACUCUUAUUCUUUGGUGAAAAUAUGAAAUUUCUUGACCAUGUCCUCAUGUUAUUGAAUUUAUAGUGUAAUUCAUUCAAUGUUUUUUUUUUUGUAAUUAUGUGCAUCCAUCAGAAUUUGGCAUAUGAGCAUUUGGAUUUGAAUC